AUGAAUAAAAAGCUAAUUGUCUUUUUACUAACAGUUUCUCUUGUCUUAUCAGGACAUAACUAUGGUGGAGGUUCUGGUGGUUCUGGUGGUUCUGGCGGUUCUGGCGGUUCUGGCGGUUCUGGCGGUUCUGGUGGUUCUGGUGGCUCUGGUGGCUCUGGUGGUUCUGGUGGCUCUGGUGGCUCUGGUGGUUCUGGUGGAAGUGGCGGCUCUGGUGGCUCAGGAGGUAUGGGAGGUAAUUGCUGUUAUAAUGGUUGUGCAACUUGUAAUGGAUUAAUAUGCCUUACUUGUUCAGAUCCUAAUGCAAUAGUUGAUCCUUAUUAGAGAACUUGCAUCUGUAAACAAGGAUACUAUGCUUCAAACCUAAAUCCAUUAGCUUGUUCUCCUUUAAUAUCAGGUGGCCCUCAAAAUGGUUGUGAAGUAGAGUUAGCAUUAAAUAUCUUGAACUUUGUAAUAAACACAUAGUGCUAUUAUUAUACUGAAAAUGGAGGAAAAUAUGGAUAGGAGGAAAACUUUGUUAGAACAGACAUAACAAUAGAUACCUCUCAUUCAUAAUUUAACUGUCCUUAGUGUUUGGCAAUAUUAGUUGAUAAAGUAUAAUACCAACCUUCAAAUUAUAACUUCACUUCUGAUGAUCUAAACUUUAUUGAUCUUCCUACUCCAUCAUCUGGAAUACCUUACGUUUCUCCUUUACCAGGUGGAAAUAAUGGUGAUUUAAGACUUUAAAUUCCUCUUAUAGAUGUAUAUUCUUUGGCUUACAGUCAGAGUAUAAGUUCUGAUGGAUCAUAAAUUGUCUAAAUUUUACAUUUUAGACUUCUAAUUGGCUAUAACAAUACUUAUAAUGUUACUUGGUUGGAUUCAUACAAAUGGUGUACCACAGUAUUAACAAUUAGAGGAGUAGUUUAAACCUUUACAAUUAAUGUAAGUGCUCAAAGCGAGAAUGGUUGCGUUGAAGGUUCAACUUGCAUUGUAAUAGCAGACUUAGAUGUUACUGGAAAUUAAUAUCUUUCUGAUUUUGUUACUAUAAAGAACCCUCCUAAUUAUACAGUAGGAGAUUAAAUUUACUUGAGAAUAUGGUUUAUUGAUACAAGCUAUUAGAAGCAGCUUUCAUUUUAGAGUUUGUACUUUAUGGAUGACAAUGGAGUAGUGUACGACUAUACUUCACUCGUUAAUUCAAGCAAUACAGGAUGGAAUCAUGCUGACGACUCAUUACACGUUUAAGCCACUUUAAUUGAACCCUCUAAAAAUGCUGUUCUUUAAGUAAAUAUGUUGAUUGAAACUGCAAAUGCUCGUUUAAGAUCACUAUAAGGUUCUUCAAGCUCCUCAACACCCUAGACAGCUACUUAAUAAUUUAGAUUUUAGGUUGCAUCUGACCCAAAUAACCCAACUGCUACAUCAACUCAAGCAAAUACUAAGACAAGUUCAGUUGCUUUACUUUAUGGCGUUUUAAAUAUUUUAAUCUUACUUAUGUUAAGUUGA